GUGACAAUUGAGUGACAAUCGUCAAAACAAGACAAGACAGAAAAAUGAUGAAAUUGAUGAAAUCCGAAAAAAAUGUCUUUAUUUUGAAUCUUAAUAUUGAUUGAGACCUUUUAUUAUCUACUGUUGCGGUCAAUUUUGAGAAAAAAUGAUUAGGGAAGACGACCCCCAAUUCCGAAUUACACCGUUUCAGCAAAUGGCUUCAGCAUGUUCCGGUGCACUUGUAACCUCAUUAUUCAUGACUCCCUUGGACGUGGUUAAAAUACGUUUGCAAGCACAACAGAAGGCAUUAAUGUCUAAUAAAUGUUACCUAUACUGCAAUGGUUUGAUGGAACAUCUUUGCCCCUGUGGUGAAACAGGUUGGAUACCACGCCGAGUACACUUCCAAGGAACUAUGGACGCUUUCUAUAAAAUUGCAAAAUUGGAAGGAGUUCCUGCUUUAUGGUCAGGUUUGAGUCCAACACUGAUUUUGGCUCUACCCUGUACUGUGAUAUAUUUUGUCACAUAUGAACAACUCAGAUACAAAACAAAAACAUUAUAUAAUAGCCUUACAAAGACAACUGAUCAGCCCAUGUGGAUACCAUUAAUGUCUGGUGCAACAGCAAGGACCAUAGCUGUGACUAUUGUCAGCCCACUGGAACUGAUAAGAACAAAAAUGCAGUCAAAAAAACUCACUUACUCAGAAAUCAAUGCCGCAUUAAGACAGGUUGUGAAAUACGAAGGUUACCGAGGAUUAUUUAGAGGACUGGGAUCUACUCUUCUCAGAGAUGUGCCAUUUUCCGGUAUAUAUUGGACAACAUUUGAAACUGUAAAAAGAAAGUUCAGUCCGCCUGAUGCCAAUCCUGAGAAAAACACAUUUUUAUUCAAUUUCUUUUGUGGUUCAGUUGCAGGCAGUCUGGCUGCUUUCAUCACACUACCUUUUGACGUAGUGAAGACACACCAACAAAUUGAAUUGGGUGAAAAGGAAAUUUACUCAGACAACAAACAUCGUCAGAGGGCUUCCAAUAUGCAAGAUAUCGCUAAAAAUAUCUACAAAAACCAUGGUGUUAAAGGGCUUUUCACAGGCUUGCUACCUCGAAUAUUUAAAGUAGCACCAGCAUGUGCUAUAAUGAUAGCAACUUUCGAAUAUGGAAAACAGUUUUUCCAAACAUAUAAUACACAGAAAUACAAGGAAAAGAUGCAAAGACAUCAAGAACUAGUUUUGACAGCCAAUGCAAGUAGGACGGAAUAUUCCUAAAUAUAGUUUAUGUAUUAUUGCAAAGGAUCAAUAUAUCAAGUUUGCUAUGACAAAGCUAU